CCACCACUGGUCCAAGCAAUUUUCAGUGGCGAUCCAGAAGAGAUACGGAUGUUGAUCUACAAAACUGAGGAUGUCAACGCCUUGGAUGCCGAGAAACGAACUCCUCUUCACGUUGCGUCAUUCCUGGGGGAUGCAGACAUCAUUGAGCUUCUCAUUUUGUCAGGCGCUCGUGUUAAUGCCAAGGACAAUAUGUGGCUGACUCCUCUCCACCGAGCAGUUGCUUCAAGAAGUGAAGAAGCAGUGCAAGUAUUGAUUAAGCACUCGGCCGAUGUCAAUGCCCGGGACAAGAACUGGCAGACACCAUUGCACGUGGCGGCUGCAAACAAGGCAGUGAAGUGUGCGGAAGUCAUCAUCCCCAUGCUGAGCAGCGUCAACGUCUCUGACCGAGGAGGGCGGACGGCAUUGCACCAUGCAGCUCUGAAUGGCCACAUUGAGAUGGUGAACUUGCUUUUAGCCAAGGGGGCAAACAUCAAUGCUUUUGACAAAAAGGACAGAAGAGCUCUUCACUGGGCAGCUUACAUGGGUCACCUGGAAGUUGUUGCCUUACUGAUUAAUCAUGGUGCAGAAGUGACUUGUAAAGACAAGAAGGGUUACACCCCACUUCAUGCAGCUGCGUCCAAUGGGCAGAUUAACAUUGUGAAACACCUCCUUAACCUGGGGGUAGAGAUUGAUGAAAUGAACAUCUAUGGAAAUACUGCACUUCACAUUGCCUGUUACAAUGGUCAGGAUUCUGUUGUUAAUGAGCUGAUUGACUAUGGUGCUAAUGUAAACCAGCCUAAUAAUAAUGGAUUCACUCCCUUGCAUUUUGCUGCUGCUUCCACUCAUGGAGCACUGUGUCUUGAACUGCUAGUGAAUAAUGGGGCAGAUGUUAACAUUCAGAGUAAGGAUGGGAAGAGCCCGUUGCACAUGACAGCUGUCCAUGGGAGGUUCACACGGUCACAGACCCUCAUUCAGAACGGAGGGGAAAUCGACUGUGUUGACAAGGAUGGUAACACCCCUCUGCACGUGGCUGCAAGAUAUGGACAUGAGCUUUUGAUUAACACCCUCAUAACCAGCGGAGCUGAUACUGCCAAGUAG